UUGCAGUGGAGUACUGGGCUUUAAUAACUCACUCUUCGGCGUGGCUCCUUAGGGACCCUACUGGCGCCAUGUACGCAAGAUUUUAAUUCGUGAUCUCGUCUCAUUCCGCUAGCUUGAGAUGCUCAAACAUGUGCAAGAAGCUGUUGUAAAGGAAUCUUUACAGGAGUUGCAUCAGCUAUGGAGCAAGAAGAAAGGCAACUCCGGUAAGGCAUUGGUAGACAUGAAGAAAUGGUUUAGAGAUGUGAACCUUAAUAUGAUGCUAACGAUAAUUGUGGUUAACAAAAUUUCAAGUUCUGAUGAUGAUGCAGAGAGUGUGAGAUGGAAAAAAGCGUUGAUGGAUUUCCUUGAAUUAAACGGCCAGUUCAUUAUAGCAGAUGCCUUCCCAUUUUUGAGAUGGUUGGACAUUGGUGGAGAGGAAAAGCUCAUGAAGAAGGCAGCAAAAGAAUUGGAAAAAUUGUUGAAGAAUGGUUAUAAGAGCCCAGGCGCACAGAAGAAACUCUGGAAUGAAAUACAAGGGACUUGGUCUAUCUUCAAGCCAUCAUCAAGGAAACGUUACGGUUAUAUCCUCCCUCACCAGUCAUACCCCCACAUGAAUCAAUGGAAGAUCGACUGUGAAGUAAGUGGCUAUCAUAUUCCUGCAGGCACAGGACUUUUUAUCAAUGUUUAUAAGAUUCAACGUGAUUCACGAGUGUGGUCAGAUCCUGAUGAUUCUCGGCUAGAAAGAUUUCUAACCAGCCAUAAAGAGGUUAAUGUCAAGGGCCAGCAAUUCCAGUUGAUCCCGUUUAGUAGUGGAAGAAGAAUGUGUCCAGCUGCUUCAUUUGCACUUCAAGUCGUGCAACUUACGCUCAGUAAUUUGUUGCAGCAGUUUGAGUUCUCAACCCCUUUUGAUGAAUCGAUUGAUAUGAGUGAAGCAGUUGGGCCGACUAAUCUAAAAGCUACUCUUCCGGCAUCUUCCUGUGGUCUUAUUUGCCUUUAUUAAUAUAAACAGGUUUGGCAGUGCCUCACAUGAGAACAUUACGAUUUUAUAAUGAAGCUAAAUAAUACCCGUGCGGCCGUGUAUUGCUCGAGAAUGUUAUAAUGUUAAUGUCAUAAUAAAACCAAAUAAUAAUACAUGUUCUUUACAGAACAUUAUAAUCUCUGGCUCUGGGUUCUUGGUCCAUAGCAUUUAUUUUUUAUAUUUUAAUAAAGUUACUUAAUUGUU